GGGCGAGGAGGGAUUUGAGCGGAGCCAUCCAGCGACUGAGGACGCACCAGGUGGAGACAGCAACUGCAUUACGCACCAAGAAUAUAUAGAACAGUACACUCUGGGCAGCUAACUUCAGACAUAUUGACAAAAUGUAUCGUAAAAAGUAUCUUCACUUACAUUGUAUCGAAAAACAAUGAGGAACAUUGUAACGAAUUGAGAUACGAUAUUGUGUGAUGGCUGUAUUCAAGAGACUCAAGAGACUUUGAAACAAAUUAUGCUUUUGUUAUCUGAAUAGGCAAAAACGUCUGCCAGCUACUGUCAAACGACCCAUGAAGACAUAUGAAGGCAUUUGUGCGCCCUACAGUUAAAUUUGAAAAUAGUUCAGCACUAGAAAAAGUGAUGAACUCGUCUGGUUUGGACAACCUAACCGAAUUUGCAUCAUGGUAUCUCAACAGAACGGAUGUCGAGGAGGAAAAUCAGAAACUUCUGUUCGGGAUUGGCAUGGACAACUUCAUUACGCUUUUAGUUUUCGGACUCAUCUUUACGCUUGGAGUGUUGGGAAACUCCAUGGUCAUCACGGUGCUGGCACGUAGUAAACCCGGAAAACCACGGAGCACCACCAACAUAUUCAUCCUCAACCUUAGCAUCGCCGACCUGUCCUACCUGCUUUUCUGCAUCCCUUUUCAGUCAACUAUUUACAUGAUGCCGACAUGGGUUCUGGGUGCCUUCAUCUGCAAGUUUAUUCAUUAUUUCUUCACCGUUUCUAUGCUGGUCAGUAUUUUCACCUUGUCCGCAAUGUCGGUGGACCGCUACAUUGCCAUUGUUCACUCCAGAAAGUCGUCCUACAUCCGCGUGUCAAAGCACGCUUUGAUCGGAGUGGUGGUCAUUUGGAUACUCUCUUUGGCCAUGGCGGCGCCAGUCGCGGUCAUACACAACAUAUACCAGAGAGACGAGAAUCACACCUAUUGCUGGGAAGUGUGGCCCGAUCAAAACCAAAAGAAAGUCUAUGUUGUGUGCACGUUUGUUUUUGGUUAUGUAUUGCCCCUGCUGCUGAUUUCGUUCUGUUACGCAAAGGUUUUAAAUCACCUGCACAAAAAACUCAGAAACAUGUCCAGAAAGUCAGAGGCAUCGAAAAAGAAGACUGCCCAGACGGUUCUUGUAGUGGUGGUGGUGUUCUGCCUGUCAUGGCUCCCCCACCAUGUGGUCCACCUGUGGGUGGAGUUUGGCAACUUCCCCUUGACCCAGUGGUCCUUCUUGUUCCGGGUGGCGGCCCACUGCCUAGCCUAUAGCAACUCCUCCGUCAACCCUGUCAUCUACGCCUUCCUCUCGGAGAACUUCAGGAAGGCCUACAAGCAGGUGUUCAGGUGUCAGGUUACCAACUCCCCUCUCAACGAACUCAAGGAGUUCCGCAGCAAGGUGGACAACACACCGCCCUCCACCAACUGCACCAACGUCUGAUUGGAGGUCACCGAGUGCCAGCUCAACUAAGGCCAUGAUGAUUGGCUGUUUUCAAGGGUCCUCCUGAGACAUAAUGCUAUGAGGUUCCAUGUUUCGAUUCGGAAAUGGUAUGAAGACAAUAUGAAGAAAACUGGAUAUCGUUCAAGCUACAUAGGUCCACAUCAGCGCUGUUCCAUCGUCAAAAUAACACCACGCCAGACGAUGUGCCAUACUGGACGUGUGUAGUGAGCGUCUCUUUCUCUCUCUUUAUCUUGCUUCCUCUCUCUCGUUCUCUCUGUCAUUAUCACAGGAAGAUUGCAGAGUCUGACUCUCGGGAAAGGAGAGAAUGUGGACUUUGAUAUUUCACUGGCCAUCUUAUUAUACAUCAAAACUGUGAAUGUUUGGUCAUUUGCCUUCUUACAUGUGCAUGUGCAUAUUGUUGGUCCUUUGUGAUGCUGUAUUGCUGCUCUCUUCAGUAGCUAUUGAAAUGAGUGUCUGUAAUAUAGCUUCACUCUACAUAUUAAAGCCUGAUGUUACUGCUGUAUAUGUUACAUGGUAGCCUAUCAUGGAGUAGUUUUGAAUUGUUAAAACAUAUUAGCUAUUGCUCUAUUAGAUAUUGCCCAGAAUAUAAAAAAAUGUACACAGUGUAAUUUUGUCUUUAAUGUUGAAUACUGUUUGAAGAGAAAACAUUUUGUUGUUUGAAUGUAAUGGUCAAUUCUCUUGUUGUGAGUUGCCAACGUGUAUACAAGGGAAAUGUGUGUCCGUAUAACCUAAACCUGUCUUGCCAUCUGUAAUAGACUUUGCAAUGAAAAGAAAAAACACGAGUUGAGAUUUUUAAUAACGCUAUUGUAUAAACUAUUUAAAAAAUAUUCUAAUGUGUACUCAAUAUAAGCCUACUUUAUCUUAUUUAUUGAAUUGGUGUAUGAUAUGGAAAGUCCAUGUUUUAUGGCGUAUUGUUUUGUCAUGACAUUGGCUUGUACAUUAGAGCUUGUGCAGGUGCUGUAUGUGGUUCAAAGGCAUUGUGUGGGAUCUCGUUAUCCUUUGACUUCCAUUUCUGCCCAUCAUUAGAGAGUAAACUAAAGAAAAAUCUUCAAAGAUCAGAGUGCCAAGAUUUUGUUUGUCUGUGGUAACCACUUACAAUCAGAAGUAGACAGAAAAAACACACACAAUUAUUCUCACAAAAGUAUAUCCUGCUCCUUUUCACAGCUAACACCACAUCCAUGUUUGGUAGUUCAGUAUAUGUGAGAGAGAUUUGAAAAAAAAGUUACUUCUUCUCAUUUUAUGUGUCGAAAGCUAGCUAAUACUCUUUAAAUAUUUUGUUUGGUUAACAUAAGCCAAUCAGGGAUUGCCUACUCUAGAUAGAGAGCAAUAAUGAAUACAGUAAAAAACAAAAAACAUGGAAGAGACAGCACAUUGGUUAUUUCUAUCCAUGGUAUAAGGAGAAAACUCUCUCAUACGGAUUUGUAUAUAUUUGAGUACUGCCAUGGGAAACUCUCUUCGUGGUCAUUGUACGGUGCGUGGCUAUCUCCAUAGCGAGGCGCAGUUGCACACUCUUACUUAAGCGUAAACUAAUGUCAGUAAUGAACAUCUAGAAUGGGUAAGGUUUAGGCCUGCUAUGAAGUGGUUAGUGUAAGUGGUAGGCAGGGUAAGGUUAAGUUUAGGUAUGCUACUGUAGCAAGUGGCUAAGGUAAGUGUUAGGGUAAGGUUGGAAAACAAGGACAUGCAUGGAGUGGAAACUGCUGCUACUCACAGAUUACAAAUCCUGCAAUUUACGUUCCCCCACAAUCCCCAACCAAGCAGCGUGACUCUUGUCAUGUUUUCACUUACCACCACAUAAGGGCGUUAAAAUUACACUCAGCUGCACGUAGAAUCGUUGGAACUACUAAUUAUUUGGAACUACUAAUUAUUUAUUUCACUUUGUAUUUACGGAUGAAUGCAACCCAGAGACUAUCAAGUGAUAAUCAUGUUAAAUGAUUCCUUUUUUAUCCCUCAUUACUCGUUAUCAGUGUGUUUCAUGAAGACUCUCUAGAUGAAUUAAGACUCUUGAAUGAUUAUUUCGUUUCUGCUCCAGAACACUGUGAAUCAAAUAUUUGCUUUCUGGAAUAGAAUAAACUUUCGACACAUAUCUAUCUGUAUUUGAAUUUCUAAAAUGUUUGGGAAAAUGUAAAAUGCUUAUUUUUUGGUUUGUUUUUGUGCCAUAUUAUGCUGACAAAAAUCUACACUUUAAUAUUAUGCCAAUGCAAUGCUUAUACAUGUUGAUAUCACAUUAAACUGUUGUGACAAGCAA